GCCGAUUGGCUCUGGCAUAGCACCCCGCGCUGAGCAAGCGCAGCUGGCCCGGGGCUCCACAAUGGUGCUGUCGGCUGCAGACAAGGCUGUAGUGCGCGCGCUGUGGAAGAAGCUGAAUAACAACGUCGGCGUCUACGCGACCGAGGCCCUGGAGAGGUGCGGACAGGCCUUGGCUUCCUCCGGGCUCACUGCCUUUCCGCCCGCCGCGGGGAUGCGCCCCCACCCCGGGGCGCAGCACCUCAGUCUCCGUUCCUCCUGCAGGACCUUCCUGGCCUUCCCCUCCACCAAGACUUACUUCCUCCACUUGGACAUGAGACCCGGCUCCGCCCAGGUCAAAGCCCACGGCCAGAAGGUCGCCGAAGCACUGACUCUGGCCGUGGACCACAUGGACGACUUGCCCCGCGCCCUGUCGGCUCUGAGCGACCUGCACGCCCAUAAGCUGCGAGUGAACCCCGUCAACUUCAAGCUCCUGAGCCACUGCCUGAUGGUGACCCUCGCCCGGUACUUCCCUGGGGACUUCAGCCCCACCCUGCAGGCCUCGCUGGACAAGUUUCUGAGCGACGUGAUUUUGGCGCUGGCCUCCAGCUAUCACUAAACUGAGGAUGGGUGGUCGCAAGACGCCCCCAGCCGCCCCUUCCCGCGACGUUCCGGUGUUUGAGUAAAGUCCCCCCAGAAAGAAAGCUUCA